UGCAAAGUAACAGAAUAGAUGGAUUCCCAGGGACAGUGGUGCUGCAACUAUGGGUGCAAGGGGUGCAGCCGCACUCCCUGCCUUGAAGCAGUAAUAACAAACACCAAAUACAUGGUUUCCAUUAUCAGCACCCCCACUAUAGAAACUGUUCCAGCACCCCUGCCCAGGGACUUUUUUUUCUGAAAGAUGUAUUCUGAACCUCUCCCCCUGCCCCUUACAUUGCCAAAGACAACCACCUUUUUGAAGUCUUUUGCUCAGACUCCCACAGUGAUGCCGAGCAUGAUCAGUAUGAUCUUUUACUGUCAGGAAGAACAGCCCACGUGUUCCCACAGAUUAAUGAGACUGGGUUUAAAGUUAUGAAUGGAUCCAAAAAGAAAGGGUUGGUCCACUGAGAGGCUAGACAGGCACAUCUCAAUCUGCCCCUGAGGAUGAGAAGCAUGUUGAGGACUGGAGGCCACUCAUCCCUGAUACGACUUGCCCAUAGUCAUGUAAAGACUGUGCGACUGUCUUUAAAAAGGGAGGGGGUAUGUAAUGCCUAGGACAGGGGAUUGAGACUCAGCAUUCCUUGGUUCUGUGUGCCUGGAUCUGGAAGGGAAUCACUGUAUGACCUAGACAAGUCUAUAAACCCCUCUGUGCCUCAGUUUACCCCUUUGUGAAAUGGGGGAGAAUAAUCCCUUUCUGCUUUCCAAGAGUGCAGGAAGGAUUAAAUAAUGUUAGUAAGGCACUUUGAAAUAUUGUGAUGAAAAAAUGCUCACUACAGAUGUUUAUUUAAAAUAUAAAUAUAUGGUGAGAGAUAAGCUGAAGAGAGAAGAAAAUGGAGGUCCCACGACAAACUGUCUGUUUUUCCCUACUGAGAGGAGCAUGCAGCAGAGAGAUAAUAGCUGCAUUGAGAGGUCUAGCAGCAUACGUGUAGGAGAGGGUGCGCGCUCUGUGAGCUGUGGCAUUUGGACAAGCACUGAGAAAAGUGACUUCAGUCCUGUCUUCUAAGGAUGGUUUCAAUGCAGCCAUGUUAGGUAAAUAAUGAAAUUGCAGCAGCCAGUACAUUGACAGCGAGUGGGGAUGGAGGGUAGCCACUUUGCCAAAAAGACCUCCAGGCAAUUAGAGUAAGGCAAAGACCUGGAAGGUCUUGGUCAAUAUGGAAAUAACCAAUGUCCUUUGGAAAUGAUGCUCACUUAUUGCUUUUUAGUCACAAAAGGCCAGGACCAGCCACCCAAAGUCCAGUUCAAUCAAGUAAGGAGGGAUGUGGGCUCAUGCUGUUGGGUUCUCUACCUUGCCUCAUAUCGGGGGAUUUCUUGGCUGGCUCUUGACACGGAAAGAAGUGCCUACUUGGUUCGAAAGCCUGAAGAAACCCUCUUGGCGUCCACCCAACAAAAUGUUCCCCGUCGUGUGGACUACCCUGUACACAGGCAUGGGCUAUGCUUCAUACUUGGUGUGGAAUGACUUAGGGGGCUUCAACAGCAAAGCCGUCAUCCCGCUGGGCCUCUAUGGGGCUCAGCUUGCCUUGAACUGGGCUUGGACUCCCCUAUUCUUUGGCGCUCAUAAGCUAAAACUGGCUCUGGUGGACAUCCUGUGCCUAUAUGGCCUGGUGCUUGGCACCAUGUACUCUUGGUACCCCAUUAACAAGACGGCGACAAUGCUGAUGGUGCCUUAUCUGGCUUGGCUGACCUUGGCUUCUUCUCUCACUUUCUGCAUCUGGAGGGACAAUCCUGAGGAGGAAAAAGGAAAGAGUGACUAAGACAAAAAGAGGAGCUGGUGAAAUAAGGUCAUUCUAUGAAACCAACCCAUCCUGAUGUGAUGUGGUGAACCAAGAGCUGAUAGCCCGGGGAUGGUUAAUUUUAUUAAGAUGGGCAUCUGAACAUACAUAUUAUUUGCAUAGGGUGGAUGGGGAAAAGUUUGCACAGUGAAAUGGGAUGUCCCUUUAAGGCUACCAUAUACCUUUAACCUGAGAACCCCUGCCUCUCUUUUUCUCCAACAAUUCUGGGGUUUGGGGGUUACAGCUCUAUGGUGGUCUUAAAGGGACACUAACAGGUUAAAUCUCAUAGGCCAAUUUCUGCUCUGUUAUGCCACUAUAAAUUCAGAGUCACUCCACUGAAGACAAUGGAGUUAUUUGGGAUUUAUAUCAGUGCAAUUGUGAUCAGAAUUUGCUCGCAUACAUUAAAAAAAAUUCUCACCUCUGUGACGAAAAACACCUGAGAUGAUUAAAGCAGGACAAUUUUUACAAACGUAAUGGCUUUUUGCCAUUUCUGCUGUUUAAUUUUUGCAUAAGACUCAGUUUGGACUUUUUACCAUUAGCCAUUAACUUCUCACCGUCUAGGUUGCUUGCUCAUUAAUUGCCAUUUUCUCUGCCUGUGAAAUGAAAAUGGUCAGGUUCAUUUUCUGCUUUUAGUCUAUUGUGCUUCUUGGUUUUCAUGCCCCUGUACAAUGCUGCAAUGACUGGACUGCAAAUAACUAUACUGAAGGGAAAUGUUUAUAUGUUCCACCUCCAAAAUACCCCUCCCCACAAACCCUCUCCCCUCUGCAUUCACUGAAAUAAAACAUCCCACAAAACAUGUACUGACACAUUUAUAAUAUGCUUUGUAAAACCUUCAAACCAACCCCUCUAAAUGUUGUGCUUUAAACUACCAGACAACAGCUGGGAUUUUCAAAGGUGCACAAGGGAGUUAUAUGCCUAAAUCCCACUGAAAUUCAGUGGGAAUUGGGCACCUGACUUAGGGUCACCAGAUGUCCCCAUUUUAUAGGGACAGUCCUGAUUUUUGGGUCUUUUUCUUAUAUAGGCUCCUUUUACACCUCCCCCCACCCCCAUCCCCAUCCCGAUUUUUCAUACUUGCUGUCUGAUCACCCUAACCUGACUCAUUUAAAAUCCCAGGCAGUAUCACUUUACCCAAUACCACUUUGGCAUUUUUCAGGUUAGUGGAAGCGGUGCCUGAUUUAUGGAACAAAUAGGCCCAUAAGGACUGCUCACGUGAGAGAGUGCUUGCAGGCCGGGGCCCGUAAUGCUGAGGAGGUUGUUCCUCCAUAGACUCACCAAGAGGGUCCUGGACAAAUCCACUGUCUAAAGUGCUUACCAGACCCCCAUUACCAUAGCAUGUGAGCCCCUCGCACUUUUUAUGCUCACAAACUCCCUGUGAAGUAGAACAAUGCUAUUAUCCCUAUUGUACUGACAAGGAGACUGAGGCACAGAGAGACUUAGGCCAGGUUUACACUAGAAAGUUUUGAUGGUAAAGCAAUGUGAGUUAGGGGUGUGAUUUUUCUUUUUUUUAAACAACAUUUCUAUAUUGGCAAAAGCCCUAAUGUGGAUGUAGUUAUCCCAACCAAAAAGCUUUUGCUGAUUGAAGUUUUUUGCUUUGGGAAUCAAGCUAUAGCAACAAAAGCACUCCUUUGCAAGUAUAAACUGCAUCUACACUACAAGAAUUUGCCAGGAUAGCAAUACUAGGCCAAAGUGAUGUGCCCAAGGUCAAAAAGCAGAGCAAAGACAAUUCUCAACUCCUGGGCCAAUGCUCUAACCACUGGACAAUCCUUCCUCCCAGAAGAUAAGAAAUUCAAAAUGUUCAGGCUUCACUCUCCAUCUGGCCCUGACUCAGGACUUCAAUGGGACGUCAGCAUGUGCUUAAAGCUAAGAAGGUACUUAACAAGUUUCCUGAAUAAGGAUGUUUUCCUGAAUGCUGCCACACUGUCUCCUUUCACACAUUAUGGUGAAUUAUGGACAUAGCCUAUAUUUGUUUUAACCCAAGGAAGGGGGAGGGUAAGGAGUUGCUUUGUUUUUUAAAGGGGGCAAAAUAGGCAGGAAAGAUGACAAUGUGCUUAAUAUUCCAGAGCAAUGAUACACAGUAAUCCAUGCGUCUCAGAGUGUGUCUACACUGCAAUUCGACACCCCUAGCUGGCCUGUGCCAGCUGACUCAGCCUCGCAGGGCUCGGGCUAAGAUUAAUCUUUAAUUCCUGGAGAAACCAGAACAAUCCUGGAGGGUUGGCAACCCUAUGAGAGGAAGGUCCAUUCCAACCUCCCCCAUUCUGAUCCUUCCUUCUGCUGUCUAGGCAUUAGAUAUUCCCUGUUUAGAGAGAGGAUUGACUAUUUUUUAUGAAAUAAAAACAAUGUAUGUAUCUCUUUAAUGGAUCUUUUUACUGGCAGCUGAUUGUAGGGGUGAAGGGCGUUAUUUGGGGUAGUGUAGUUUGAACUGCAGAUGUAGAGACAUUGUAUUUGCUUUUAAUAAAACCAAGAUUUUUUGUUUCCAAAAAGAAA